AUGAAAAAAGAAAUUUCAAAAAAAAAUUCAAAGAAAAAUCUUACCAGAUUCAUUGAGGAUCUUCUUAAUGUUUUUGAUAAGUUUUGGAUCAUUUUUCUGAAAUCUAGCUUUAGAACUACUAUAUCUUUAGAAGAAGGAAAUCAUUUCUUAGCUUAGGCAUUAGACUUUUAGUUAAUUAGCUUACUACUUGAAUAAAUAUCCUUUUCUUUGAUUGAUGCUACUGGUUAAUAAACUUAGCUCUCUCUGAUUGCAUUUCACAGAUUUUAUUUAUAUUUCCAAGCUCAUUUCCUCGAAGCAAAUGAUUAGAGAAUCUGA